AUGUCAGCCGUAUCCUCGGUGGAUGUGCUGCUCCUCGGCAGCGGCUGGUCUUCCCAGUUCAUCCGGCCGCUACUUGGACGGAGCGGCCUCUCAUGUGCCUACACGUCGCGCCGCGAUCCCACGCCAGAGGAGUCGGCGCAGGGCCAGUUCCGCUUCGAGCUGGCAGACCCUUUCGACCCGGCCAGCGUGGAGCCGCUGCCAAGGGCCCGCACCGUGGUCAUCGUCUUCCCCAUCAAGCUUCCCGAGGUCGUCGUCCAGCUGGUCGAGGCAUACGAGCGGGUGCACGGCGCCACCCGGUGGAUCCAGCUCGGCAGCACGGGCAUCUGGCCCAGCGGUUGCUGCAACUCCAGGACGCCCUUCGACACCGAAAACCCGCGUGCGGCAUCCGAGCAGCGCCUCCUCGAGCUCGACCAGGUGACGGACCGGGAGCCGAGCCAGGAUGGAGAGCAGGAGCAAGGAGGAAGCACUCGCAGGACCUGCGUGCUCAACCUGGCCGGCCUGUACGGCGCAGCUCGCCAGCCCCGCAACUUUGCCGCCAAGGUCGGCGGCACAAAGGAGAAGCUCGGCCUCAAAGGCAGCGUCCACUUUGUGCACGGCAAAGAUGUCGCCCAGGCUAUCCUCCGCGUCCAUCAGAGCGACUCCGAAGCGUGGGGUCAGAGGUGGAUCGUGUCAGACCGCAACGUCUACGACUGGUGGCAGCUCGCCGCGGUGCUGAAGCCCUCGAUCCCAGGCCAGGACCGGCCAGACAUUGCGUCGGUCUGGGUAAGCGAGCUGAUGGAAGAGUACGGCAUCUCUGCGCUGCCCCGUCCGGUGGCCAAGGAGGCCGAAGAUCGGAUGCCGUGCUUCCUCGAGAGGGCGCUCGACGGUCGCGACUUUUGGCGCGAAGUCGAAGCUGAGCCUUUUGUGCCCUCGGUCCUCCAGCCCGAGCCCAAGGAGGAGGGCGGCAGCGAGGGCGAGGACGGAGGAUCGCAGGAAGCCGCCCACGGUGCCGGCCAGUCCUUUCGUGCAACGCAAUCCAACGGCCACAGCGGCGCCGGGGAAAAGGCCAAGGGCGGCUUCGCGCCGAGGCCCUUUGAUCCUGCCUUUGGCGAGGCAGAGGUGCAGGCUCUGAUCUCGAGGCUGGAGCAGGACCUCGAGCGGGGCCUUCCCGCCGAGUGCGACUUUGAAGGCUCGCACGAGAGGUUCGGCCUGCGUCACGACGACUUCCGGCGGCUCGCCGAUGCCUGGAUCCCCUUCCUCAAGGGCAAGGGCCGGCCCACGCAUCCAGAAGAUGAGAAGCGGCCGGGACCGGAUCACGACACCUGGGCGGCGCGGCAGGCCCAGCUGCAAACCUUUGACCACUUCAAGGUGCAGAUCGAGGACGUCGACCUGCACUACAUCCACGAGCGGGCGUCGCCCGAUGACUCGGCCAGGAUCAUCCCGAUCCUGCUGCUGCACGGCUGGCCGGGGUCGUUUAUGGAGUUUCUCGACUGCAUCAAGCCGCUGGCGCACCCGGGCGACCUGAGCGGGGUCCGAUUCGACGUCAUCGUCCCGAGCCAGCCGGGCUACGCGUUCAGCAGCAGCCCGCGCGGCCUCGAGCGCAACAGCAAGACGGGCAAGGUCAGGGGCCACCAGUCCGGACCCGACGGCGACCUGCUCGUCCGGGACGUGGCGAGGAUCAUGAACAAGCUCAUGGGCGGGCUCGGGUACCAGCACUAUGCCGUGCAGGCCGGCGACUGGGGCAGCCUCGUGCUGCGGCAGAUGGCGCUGCAGUUUCCCGACCGGGUGCUGGCGACGCACCUCAACUUCUGCCCGAGCGUCGCGCCGGCGAUCCGGCUGCCGCUCGUGCCCAGCUGGACGCCGCAGUGGCUGCGCAAGCUGCCGCAGCGGAUACCCAAGACGUGGUACGCCCGACCGAUCCCCGUGUUUGGGCGGCUGGGCGAUUUGGCCUGGAACGUGGCGCACUACUGGAGCCUGGGCGCGUUGCCGGGCCCGCCGUCGCAGAGCGAGCGACGGCGGAUGUGGCGCGGCAUCGAGUUUGUCAACAGCGGCCAGGCGUACGCCAACAUGCAGGGCACGCGGCCUUCGACGCUGGGCCUGGUGCUGAGUCGCAGCCCGCUGGCGUGCCUGGCCUACAUUGCGGAAAAGUUCCUCGACUGGAGCGAUGAGGGGUGCAUCACCGACGCCGAAAUCCUCUCGAGCCUCACGCUCUGGGAGCUCACCGAGACCAUGCCGCGAUCCAUGUACCCCUACCGCAACCGACCGCCCAACGGCGCGGCCAUGAUCGUCAGCGACCCGGCCAACUUUGUCCACUGUCCGACCGGCUUCAGCGACUUCAACGACAUCAUCUCGGUGCCGCGCAGCUUUGUCGCUGCCAGCGUUAACCUCCGCUGGUGGCGGUCCCACGACCGUGGCGGUCACUUUGCCGCCCUCGAAGCGCCGUACGACUUCGUCAGCGACGUUCAGGACUGCUUUGCAGAAAUCUGGCCGCUCUAG